AAUUCUUAGGUUUCAUUAUUUGUUGAGCAUUUGUGUCACUAGUGAACAAUAAAUAAAAUUUAAAAAAAUGAAGAAAAUUUUAUUUUUCGUUAGUUUAUUCAUAACUGUCUAUUCAAUUAAGGGUUUGAAGCUUGCUGGACCUUGUACACCAACAGUUUGUAAGCUUCCAAAUUGUAAAUGCAGUACAACAGACAGUGGAAAUGCAAUUCCACUUGCAAAAACCCCACAGAUCGUUAUGUUGACUUUUGAUGAUGCAGUAAGUGCACUAACACAUGACUUCUUUUCAAAAGCUCUUUUUGGUCGUAAAAAUCCUGAUGGAUGUCCAGUUGGUGCUACCCAUUUUCUAAGUCAUGAAUACGCUGAUUACACCAAAGUUCACGAUCUUUGGUUGAAAGGACAUGAAAUUGCUCUACACUCUAUCACUCAUUCAACAUCAGAAGAGUAUUGGGUGAAAAUAAAUUUAACGACAUUUAAAUCGGAAUUCGAUGGAAUGAGGCAGAUAGUCAUGCAUUUUGCAAACAUUCCGAAAAGUGAUAUUCGGGGAGUGAGAUUACCAUUUUUACAGACUUCAGGGAAUACGAGCUUUCAAGGAAUUCAAGAGCUAGGAUUAGUGUAUGAUAGCUCAAUGCCAUCUAUACAAUAUAUGGAAAAAGCCCUUUGGCCAUAUACUUUAGAAUAUGCUAGUCAUCAGGAUUGCAUGAUAGAGCCUUGUCCGACUGCCAGUUUUCCAAAUAUCUGGGAAGUGCCCAUGACUAUGUGGCAAGAUGAAAAGAACGUGACUUGCAGCAUGGUUGAUGCAUGCCAACAUAUACCGGCACGAGCUGAGCCGAUUUUCAAAUGGAUCAUCAAGCAAUUCGAGCGACACUAUAAGUCUAAUCGAGCACCAUUUCCAGUAUUUAUGCAUGCUGCUUGGUUUCUCAAAAAUCCAGAAAAUUUCAAAGCAUAUAACAUGUUUCUUGAUUAUCUGCAACGUUUACCAGAUGUUUAUAUCGUGACUGUAAAUAAGGCAAUCCAAUGGAUUAAAAACCCAAAGUCGUUGAAUGAGAAAAAACCAUUUGGAGAGUGUGAGGCUAGGGUUCCUUCCGCUCCAUGUACACCUCAAACUUGUAGACUACAAACAAUUGCUGGCGAAGACAGAUGGAUGACUUCCUGUGUCAAAGUGUGUCCCAAUAAAUAUCCAUGGCUCAAUAAUCCACUUGGAAAAUAAAUUUGCAAUAAAUGGUAUCAUUAUUGACAUGAUAAAUUAAAAUAUAAUUAUAAAUAAAAUAAAAAAAA